AUGGUCGGCAGCCCGAGCACAGCAACUAAAAUGUGCUCAAGAGGCAGAGGAGCAUCUUGCUCUCUAUCCAUGCCAACAGCUCCCAAUGCAGCUCCCGGGCUCAAGCCUGAUAAACCCGCAGCCUUCCAUCCUCACGGGGAAGACGAGCGGGGCGACCCACACCGGUCGCUGCAGCUGACCAAACUGGGGUCGGGGUGUGCCCCAUCCACACUACCGACAAUAGCUACACUGAGGGGACGGAGCACAACACUGAGACUAUUCCCUCCAGAAACAACCACUCUUGCCGACAAGCGGGGUAACCCUGCAAUGAAGCCGACCUUACACUCACCUCAUACCCAGCGGAGAUGA